AUGGAUGUCGUAGACUUGUCUACAGUGGAUCCUCAAGUUCAAUUGAAAAUGUGGAAGUCAGUUGUCAGAAUUUCUUCAGAAGUUGAGUGUUCAGGAAAAGCAGUGGUUGUGGAUCAAACGUCGACGCACUUGUAUCUGCUGACGAACUCGUACAUGUGGGUCGACGAAACAUUCACUGAUCAUUUGA